UUCUGAUUGGUCGAUCAUAAUUUAUUCUGCUUCGACAACAUUUUCGAACGCAGUCUAAUAUAAUUAUACUUUAUCCUACCACGCGCUGCAUAUAGAUGAAUAAAAUGGAGUACAUUGAAGAGAUACCUGAAACUAAGAACAUGAUCCUUUGCUGUGAUUGUGGGACUCUCAUCGAGCCAAAUCCAGCCAAUAUGUGCGUAAUGUGCUUGCGUAACCACGUCGACAUUACAGAGGGAAUUCCUAAACAAGCUACCUUACAGUUUUGUAAGAAUUGCGAAAGAUAUCUUCAGCCACCUACUGAAUGGAUUCAUGCUGCAUUAGAAUCUAAAGAGCUCUUAACACUGUGUUUAAAGAAAUUGAAAGGAUUAAAUCGUGUGAAAUUGAUAGAUGCUGGAUUUAUAUGGACAGAACCAAAUUCCAAAAGAUUAAAAGUGAAAUUAACUGUUCAUGCAGAGGUAGUUGGUGGUGCAGUUCUGCAGCAAGUAUUUGUGGUUGAAUAUAUUGUGAAUCAUCAAAUGUGCAAUGAUUGUCAUCGUACAGAGGCUAAAGAUUACUGGCGUGCGAGUGUACAAGUUCGACAAAAAGCAAUAAACAAAAAAACCUUUUUUUACUUGGAACAGCUUAUAUUAAAACAUAAGGCACAUGAACAAACACUGGGUAUAAAGCCUAUUUAUGACGGUUUGGAUUUUUUCUAUACAAAUGAAUCUGCAGCCAGAAAAAUGGUUGAUUUUUUACUGACAGUCAUCCCAUGUCAGUAUCAACAUUCCAAAAAAUUGAUUUCAUAUGAUUGUCAUAGUAACAUAUACAAUUACAAAUUUACAUACAGUGUCGAAAUUGUUCCAAUCUCCAAAGAUAGCAUAGUCUGCCUACCACGAAAGUUAACGCAGCAAUUGGGUGGAAUCAGUCCUAUCUGUUUGGUAUACAAAAUUACAAAUUCUGUGCAUCUUAUAGAUGUUUCAUCAGGACAAAUUGCUGAAGUAAACGCGACUACCUACUGGAGACAUAAUUUCAAUAGUAUAUGUAAUCCGAAACAAUUAACAGAGUUUGUUGUGAUGGAUAUUGAACCAAUAAAAUAUACAGAUAUAAAAACUUUCCCAGGGCAAGGAUCUAUUUCUAAGAAACACGUCAUAGCGGACGCGUGGCUAGUAAAAGCAUCCGAAUUAGGCAUAAACGAUAAUCCAAUUCACACACGUACGCAUUUGGGCCAUGUACUUAAACCAGGUGAUUCGGUCUUAGGCUAUUCUUUAAAAGAUAGUAAUAUCAACGAUACCAAUUUCGAUAAACUAAGCGAAGAUGUAGUACCCGAUAUUGUUCUGGUGAAAAAGUUUUAUGACAAGGUGGCUCGUCGCAGGGCGAGAGUCUGGAAGUUGAAACAUAUCGCUGAUGAAGUAUUGAGUAUGAGUACCGAGAAUAAUGAGUAUAAUGAAUUCCUCGACGAUUUGGAAGAAGACCCGGAAUUGAGGCAGAACAUCAAUAUAUUUCGAGACUCUAGGAAACAGAUUCCUGUUGAUACUAAUGAAAUAGAUCCGAGUAUUCCGCAGAUUACACUCGAAGAAAUGUUAGACGAUCUUGUAAUAGAAGAUACCGAAAUGACCGAAGUUGCCGAAUAAAAAAUAGUAUAUUUGGAAGAAUAA